CAAAACUGGGAGACACUCCAGAAGCAAUCAAACACGAUUUUCGCCACAAAAUUUGUCCAUUGAACUAUAAAGUGUUGAACUGUGUUUCUGGUUUAAAACAAAAAAUCUGUAUUUCGAAGAUACAUAAAAGUCAAAAGAAAGAAUUGAAAACCAGUGAUGUGUGCAGAAUUGAAAUUGAGAUGCAAAACAAAUACAGGACAUCAUUCUAUCACACAGUUAACCUUGGAAUCAACUAUUGCUGAAUUAAAACAAAAAAUUUCACAGAUAGUUAGCCUUCCUGUCAAUAGGUUUCAAAUUAGGCAUGGUUUUCCUCCUAAAAUUCUAGAUAUCGACGAUAACUCUAAAAACUUGAAGAGUUUUGAUCUUCGUUCUGGAGAUACUUUAAUCAUUGAGCCAACUAAAUCUUCUCAACAAAUCACAAAUCAAACAAAGCCUUCGAUUACUGAUGAGGUCUUACAAGCUCAACUGACGUCAAAUAAAACAGGUAUUCUAACACGAAAAGUAGUUCCAGCUAACAAUUCUUGCUUAUUUACUAGUGUUAAUGCAGCCAUGACAGGUGGCUUCGUUGACCUAUCAUGUGCUCAACAAUUAAGACAACUGAUUGCUGGUGUUGUUAUGAGUGAUCCACUGACAUAUUGUGAGGCAAUGUUAGGUAAAAGUAAUAGUGAUUAUUGUAAAUGGAUAAUGAAUGAAGAAUCAUGGGGUGGUGGAAUUGAAAUCUCCAUAUUAUCAAAAUAUUAUCAAAUUGAAAUUGAUGUAGUUGAUACUCAGUCUGGUAGAAUUGAUAGAUUUGGUGAAGAUGGAAAUUAUGCAGAGCGUGUUUUAUUAAUUUAUGAUGGAAUUCAUUAUGAUUUCUUGAUAUUGGAUGCCUGUGUGCCAAGUAUACCUCCUCAAUCUAAGUUCAAGACAUCAGAUCCAACAAUUUUAGCCCAAGCAUUAGAGCUAGGUGAAGAAGCUAAACAGAGAAGACAAUUUACAGAUGUUGGCAACUUUAUGUUACGAUGUCUUGUAUGCCAAAAGGCAUUAAAAGGCUCAAAUGAAGCACAAGAGCAUGCUAAACAAACUUCACACAUCAAUUUUGGGGAGUAUUGAUGAACAGCACUUUUAAUAAGGGCCAAAUAGAAACUCAGACUCUUUCAUUUUUUUACCUCUUUUAUAUUAUUUAAUUUAUUCCAGGAACUUAAUGUAUUCAAUUUUGCAAAGUAAUCAAACCCUCACAGAACUUGUUACAAGCUUCGAUGCUCUACAUUGUAUAUUUUGCUAAAAAAAAUUCAUUUUAGUUUUCAUUUCAGGAAUUUAAUGACUACUUUCAGUAUUUUUUUUAUUUUUACAUCAAGUUUCAUACAUAAAGCAUUCAUGAUCAUUUGUCACUAUAUUCCAAUAUUAAUAAAGCAUAAAAUUUC